UUUAAAAGGCUGCACUCAAUUGUUUAUUACGCAAUCAUAUUGAAAGUGAUACAACUUUGCUGUAAAAACGAUAAUAAGUCCUGUGAGUGGGAUUCCACUCAAUCUUACCGUUAGUGUUCAGAAUUUCACUUACUGGCAGAAGAUUAAUAACAGACCGCACAAAUAUAAACGUUCUAUGAGUAUUUACCCGCAUUGCGCAAUGACAGAUCGAGCCAUAGUCUACAACGCGACUGAAGCGAUUAAAUUCGCUUCAGUCCAUGGUAGAAGAAUACACAUUGACGGUCCCGCUUUGCAUCUUGUCCGCCAAUGAGAACGUGCGAGAGACAAUACUUAAUCGCUGAGUGUAAUGGAAACGAGAUUGUUAUAUUAAGAUCACGUAGUGAAGACAAACGUCGUAACUUACAGACGUCAAUAGGCAACCUUUUAGUAACAGCCUGCAACCGACACGGCACUCGAGAUGGACAAACUAAUGAUAUUCGACGGCAGCUUUGAGGAUGAACUACGCAAACAUUUGAAUACGAUCGAAGAAUUACCGGAAGAUUUCGCAAUAAAAGCCCUCGAGUUUAAACGGUUCGCCGUGUACAAAACCCACUUGGCAUACCUGCGCGCCGGCGCCCAGAUAAUAAGAACUAACACAUACCGUGUGCGAACAAAUUUUAUUAAAUCACGCCUCGACCUCCCACCGAUUAUAUAUGUGCCAUUGAUCAAUGUUGCCGUGAAGUUAGCCAAACAGGCUGUAAUAACAUAUUACGAAGAGACGGCGAACAAAUAUACGUACGAGGAUUACGAUCGAUACCACGAACACCGACCUUUAAUAGCUGGCUCCUGCGGCAGUUGUCACGUUUCAUGGAAUUUGGAUCCUUCAAAAGACGAAGAGACGCUGAUCAUGACGCUAAUUGACUUUCACAAACAGCGUGUACAGAAGUUAUUGGAGGCCGGUGUCGAUUUGUUGACAUUUGAGUCUAUACCUUCGAAGAUCGAGGCAAAUGCGAUAACUAGAGUACUGGCGAGAUUUCCUGACGCUCGUGUCUGGAUCAACUUCUUAUGCUCAGAGAGUGGAAAGCUAGUGGACGGAAAUAAGUUUGCAAAAAUAGCUACGAAAUUUUAUGAGUCUAUGUCCAGCCAAGUUAUCGCGAUCGGCGCCGAAGGUGUUUCGCGAGGCACGAUGAUUCGCUUGAUACAAGAAGUCAACAUCAAAGAUAUCAAGAUUCCGUUCGUGUUAUAUGCCGAGGAAUGUCAUAUGCCUACCAUAAACGAGAUACCCAUCACGUUGCAGUACAAUUUUGUGGAGGACUGGACAAGCAAAGGGGUACGUUACAUCGGCGGUGGUACUCACACAUUCGCGAAUGACAUAAUGGAACUUCGUAACCAAAUGAAUCGUUACCGCGCUUCCACGAAUAUGGUUUUCACUUCACUAAAGGCGCGCGUAUGCUCUUACCAAGCUAAGGACAAUCAAUCAAAGCUUUAAUGAGAAUUUUAUAAUUUCUGUUUUAGAGCAUAAUAUAUUUGUUAGUAUAAUCAAAUACAAGAGCGUAUACGUCAAAUUAGCUGCGUCCGAAGUACAGAAAAAUAAGUGUUAAAUUUAAGUAAAUUAUUACUCCAAUACUCCUUGGCAAAUUUUUAU